AUGGCACCUAGUGUUCAGCUAGGCACUACGGAGGAAACCCUGCAAGAACAGCAGGAGGUUAGCAGUAGUGAGGAAUCGGCAGUUCCGGAGGAGGGGAAGGGGGGUGUGGCUCGGUUGGAGAGGCCGAAGAAAUGCUUCCUCCAUAAGAAGCCCCGACCACAUACGUGCCCUAAGUGUCGAAGGUAUGCUCAGGAAAUGGAGGUCUUUAAUAAGGGCCUCAUUGAGAUGGCUGAUCCGACCAGGAAGGCAACGAGUGAAUCAACUAAGGGUGAGGAGGUUGCUUCUGUAGCGGGGGUCGACGUUGAUGGUACUGGAGCCCUGGUUGUGGUGAACCAAGGCCCCUUAUAUGGCUUGUACCCGACGCUAGUGCAGAAUAUACAAUCAUCGGAUUACUUUAACAAGGGUUUGAGAGGGAUGAGUACAGUUGAGGAGGUGGUGGAGGAGGUCGAGAGGGCGGUAGAGCAUGCUGAACCAUAUAACGUGGGUGCGCUGAACAUCCCAUCGACGAUGUUCUGUUGUUUGUAUAAACUCUGUAGUAAAGGACAAGCCCGGCCGAGUUGGAGCUUGUCCCUAGGUACGGCUAGUCGUAGGUAUGUAGUUUGCCUGGGGCUACUCUAUCUGCGGUGUGUGGCCCAGCCGUCGAGCCUAUGGACGUGGUUUUAUCCAGUAUUGUUCGACACCACGGUCUUCCACCCGGAGGAGGUUACGGGAGAGGCCCAGGCGGCUGAGUCGAUGAUGUUGGGCCGUUACGCUGAGCUCCUGUUGCUCACACAUAAGUACUUCACAGUUAACCUCAACAGACUGCCCGAGACGAUUCUGCAGAAGUACGGUAUGCGGUGUAUAUUACUGGACACGGAAGGGUGUCGGAUUAACGCCUCCCAGCACCCGGAGGCUGCCGAUCAGAUCAGCAUUGUGGGCUCUUAUGUGUUCGUUCGUGAUGAGGAGUCGGGUGGUUGGGAGCUAGGGCAAAUUGUGCCGGGAGGGGACGCCACACUGGGGCUUGUUGAGGUUCGCCUUGCAUCUGAUACUAGGCAAGUGCAUUGGUCUUCUCUGAGGUCGUGUCGGGAUGUUGCUGCUGCCCGUAGAGCUGUAGAGGCUGAGGCUUUCACGAAGGAGGAAGCUGCGGCUAGUGCUCGUAAGGAGGCCCUCAAGCAGUGGCGGCAACAACAAAGGGAGUUCGCCAAUGCUCGAGCCUUCCGAGUGUAUGCGGGUUGGCAGAGUAGAGGAGUUGUGGAUGAUAUACAUGGUGAAGACCUACAGUCGCUACCCCAGGCUGAUGUAGGGGAGGCCGAGGCUGCUGCUCCUACUAAGAAGAGGAGGGUCGUCGUUUCUAAGGAGUUCCGCCAACAGCAAGACGCUAUGUUGAAGCGUAAGUAUAUUGAAGGCUCUGUUCCGAAGGUAGAGGGCGGUCGAGAGGACCAGGAGGAGCCCGACGUCGGCUACAUAGGCUGA